AUGCAUCAAUUUUCUACAGCCCCCGAAAAACUGGAGCAGCGUGCUAAACCUCGUCGCCGAAAAACCCAGUCGGCUGACGACGGUUCUGUCUCGUCUGGUGGUGGACAAGAUGGUUGUGGCGGCGAUUUAGGCAGUAAUUCUCGCGACCAUAGUCACGGCCCUACUGGACCCGGGCAUCUGAUAGGCGCGCGCACCUCGUCCUCCGUGGGCGAUCAGGGCCCUCGUUCUACUGCAUCCACUCCUAGCGGUAUUUAUCUCCCUCCACAACAGCAGCAACAAUCGGGCUCCUUGGCAACCAGUCCUCUUGAGCCAUCACCGCAUCCGCACGUGACUCCUGCUCAGUCUGUUCCUGGGAGUUCGCAAACGCAGGCGCUUACC